GGAACGAGAUUACAAGAAUAACCCCACAUUAAACACGGAAAUGUCUAAAAUAACCCCGUUAUUAUCAUAAACGAGCCAACCUCUGGUUCAGUGUUUCCCGUGGGAGGGAGGUAGCGAGUUUGGCCUCGCUUUCCGACAGAUCACACCAACCCCACCGCCGGCAUUCCACCGUUGCUUUGAACCACCACCUUGAAUUCUGUCGCUGCCCUACCCCCUCCCAUCGUCAUCCCCGCAGUUCCUUCACUCCACCACACUCAAUUUUACAUCUUAUCUUUCGCUUCAAGAAAUUUGAAAGGGGAGACGUAAAAAAUGGGAACCCGAGAAGUGUACGAGGAGAAGCUUCGAACUGGAAAUGUGUAUCACCAUGAUCCCACCAUUAAUCCUGGCCUCGGCACCCCUCGCUGCCCCCGUUGUCUCUCUCUCCUCGACUCCGAUUCUAAAAAUGGUGAAUGGACAAUUACUUCUGUCUUGCACGAUGCUACAGCUGUGGCUGGCACUGGAAUGGGAGCAAUGCUAAGUGCUACUCACGCUUUUAAUACUGGAAUACCUUUUGUCCAGAAGCAUGUGAAAGGACCCAAGUGGCUUCAAUUUGUUGUUGGGCUUCCACCCUUACUUAUAUCUUCAGCUGCAUGUGCUGCAUUUGGUGGCUAUGCUCUUCCUGAGUUCACCCAGCUUACUGUGACAUCAUAUUAUGCUUCUUCAAGCGCCUCACAUUAUGGGAUCUCUCUACUCACUAGACACAUCGAAGAGGCACAUAUGUCAACUUCUGGGCAGGAGAAACUUUGAUGAUGCAUAUACGACGAUAUAGGGUGACAGAACUGCUGCUUUGCAUGCACCAGGUUAACAUUUGCGGUUACUUUCAGUAAUGCAUAUAUCUGUUAACUUUAUUUAUUUUUCGACAUUUAUUCCACCUUUUAAAAUACUACCUCUGCUUUGUCAGGAUUCACUUAUAUUAUUAGUUUAAAUUUCUCUAUAAGGUGACUAUUGAUUCCAGACGGAAGAGAGUAUCUCUAAGCUUUAAAUCUAUAUACUGUCAGGAAUUGUGAGUUAUAUUUAAACUUAAAGGCACUUGUAGGCGGUGCAGCCGAAGGUAUACUUUCCUCUGUUUCUUAAUAGAUGCAUCAUAUUGACUUUUCACACUA